CCCCGCCCCGCCGCGCCGGGCAGCCGGCAGUGUGGCGAGGCGGGCGGGCAGGCAGCGGCGCUCCGCUCGGCCCCGCUCCGCUCCGCGCCCCGCUCCCGCCAUGCCGGCGCCCCGCCGCCCCGCCGCCGCCUUCCUCCUCCUCCUCUUCCUCCCGCUGCUCCGCUGCGCCGCAGGGCUGGAGUACAGCGACGUGCUCCCCGACUCCUUCCCCUCGGCGCCGGCGGAGACCCUGCCGCACUUUCUGCUGGAGCCGCAGGACGCCUACAUCGUGAAGAACAAGCCCGUGGAGCUCGUCUGCCGCGCCAACCCCGCCACGCAGAUCUACUUCAAGUGCAACGGCGAGUGGGUCAACCAGAAAGACCACGUCAUGAAGGAGAGCCUGGACGAGGUCACGGGGAUGCUCGUGCGGGAGGUGCAGAUCGAGGUCUCCCGGCAGCAGGUGGAGGAGCUCUUCGGCUUAGAGGAUUACUGGUGCCAGUGCGUGGCCUGGAGCUCUGCGGGAACCACGAAAAGCCGGAGGGCCUACGUCCGGAUAGCGUACCUGAGGAAGAACUUUGACCAGGAGCCGCUAGGAAAAGAGGUGCCGCUGGAGCAAGAGGUCCUGCUGCAGUGCCGUCCGCCCGAGGGGGUGCCGCAGGCGGAGGUGGAGUGGCUAAGGAACGAGGAUGUCAUCGAUCCCACCCAGGACACCAACUUCCUGAUCACCAUCGAUCACAACCUCAUCAUCAAGCAGGCCCGGCUCUUGGACACUGCCAAUUACACCUGUAUGGCCAAGAACAUUGUGGCCAAGCGCCGGAGCACCACAGCCGCCGUCAUUGUCUACGUGAACGGUGGCUGGUCCACCUGGUCUGAAUGGUCUCCUUGCAACAAUCGCUGUGGCCGGGGCUGGCAGAAGCGCACCCGGACUUGCACCAACCCAGCGCCGCUGAACGGCGGGUCCUUCUGCGACGGGCAGCCUUUCCAGAAAAUAACCUGCACCACCCUCUGCCCAGUGGACGGAGCGUGGACAGAGUGGAGCAAGUGGUCGGCCUGCAGCACGGAGUGCACGCACUGGCGGAGCCGGGAAUGCGCCGCCCCGUCCCCCCGCAACGGCGGCAAGGACUGCAGCGGCGUGCUGCUCGACUCCAAAAACUGCACCGACGGGCUCUGCAUGCAGAAUAAAAGAGUUCUAAGCGAACCCAAAAGCCACCUGCUGGAGGCCACGGGCGACGUGGCCCUGUAUGCCGGUCUGGUGGUGGCCAUUUUCGUCUUCAUCGUGAUCCUCAUGGCUGUCGGGGUGGUGGUGUACCGGAGGAGGUGCCGGGAUUUCGACACGGACAUCACAGACUCCUCAGCUGCUCUGACUGGAGGCUUUCACCCGGUCAACUUCAAGACCUCCCGGCACGACAACCCUCAGCUGCUGCACCCCUCGAUGCAGCCGGACCUGACGGCCAGCGCGGGGGUGUACCGCGGCCCCAUGUACGCCCUGCAGGACUCCUCCGACAAGAUCCCCAUGACCAACUCCCCCCUGCUCGACCCGCUGCCCAGCCUCAAGAUCAAAGUGUACAACUCCUCCACCGCGUCCUCCUCGCCGGGGCUCCACGACGGCACGGACCUGCUCGGAGGGGUCCCCGCCACGGGCACCUACCCGGGCGAGACCGCCAGGGACAACCACUUUGGGAACGUGCGGAGCAAGGCCCUGGGCUCCCAGCACCUCCUCAGCCUGCCCCGGGAGCACGGCAACAGCGCCAGCGGCACGUUCGGCUACCUGGGAGGAAGGCUCGCCAUCCCGGGCACGGGGGUGAGCCUGCUGGUGCCGCACGGGGCCAUUCCCCAGGGGAAGUUCUACGAGAUGUACCUGAUCAUCAGCAAGGCGGAGAGCACCCUCUUGCCCUCCGAAGGCAGGCAGACGACACUGCUGAGCCCCACGGUGACCUGCGGACCCACGGGCCUGCUCCUGUGCCGCCCCGUCGUCCUGACCAUUCCCCACUGCGCGGACGUCAGCUCCUCAGACUGGAUGUUCCAGCUGAAAACACAGUCCCACCAGGGAAACUGGGAGGAAGUUGUGACCCUGGAUGAGGAGACCCUCAACACUCCCUGUUACUGCCAGCUGGAAGCAAAGUCUUGCCACGUUUUGUUAGACCAGCUUGGCACCUACGUCUUCGUGGGAGAGCCCUACUCCAGAUCAGCCAUCAAGAGACUCCAGCUGGCUAUCUUUGCCCCCACCGUUUGCACCUCACUGGAGUACAGCCUCAAAGUUUACUGCUUGGAGGACACGCCAGAUGCACUGAAGGAGGUCCUGGAGCUGGAGCGGACGCUGGGUGGCUAUCUGCUGGAGGAACCCAAGCCCUUGCCGUUCAAGGACAGCUACCACAACCUGCGUCUCUCCAUCCACGACAUCCCCCACUCGCUGUGGAGGAGCAAGCUGCUGGCCAAGUACCAGGAGAUCCCCUUCUAUCACAUCUGGAGUGGCAACCAGCGAGCCCUGCACUGCACCUUCACCCUGGAGAGGUACAGCCAGGCCUCCACCGAGCUCACCUGCAAGAUCUGCGUCCGGCAAGUGGAAGGGGAAGGGCAGAUUUUCCAGCUCCACAUCACGCUUGGAGAGAAUGCCAGCGCCUUCGAUGGCCUCCAUUCACACCACAGCACUGCUGUGACGACCCAGCUGGGACCCUACGCCUUCAAAAUCCCCCUCUCCAUCCGGCAGAAAAUCUGCAACAGCCUGGAUGCUCCCAACUCCAGGGGAAAUGACUGGAGACUUCUCGCUCAGAAGCUUUCCAUGGACCGGUAUCUCAACUACUUUGCCACCAAAGCCAGCCCCACCGGGGUGAUCCUGGACUUAUGGGAAGCCGAGCACCAAGAUGACGGUGAUCUCAACACCCUGGCCAGUGCCUUAGAAGAGAUGGGCAAGAGUGAAAUGCUGGUAGUCAUGGCCACGGAGGGCGACUGCUGAUGAUGCUCCCCGCGGCUGGCAGCCCUCAGCCCGUGGUCAAGGAGGACGCCGCGGAGGGAAGAGCGGGAGGACGAAACCGGGGCCGGCCCCUUCCCAAGCUGCUGGGCAAGGGCCGUGCGGAGCGAAGGCACAGCCGUUCCCGCGCCAUGGCCGAGCGAGGGAGGGCCGAGGCCGGCCGCUUCUCCCGUUCCUCCCUCCUCACAUCACUGUCAGCCUUAGAGACCGAGCCUCAGCGUUUACAAGCAAUUCAAGUGUUACCCAGCAUUCCUCCUCCUCCUCCUCCUCCUCUUCCUCCCGGCCGUCCCUGGGACGGCAGCAUUGGUGAAGGGGGCAGCCGCUGCCCGUGUUUGCGGCGUGGGGAGGGAUUAGGGCUUCUCGAGUCGGGGUGGGGGCUUCCCUUCUCCUUUCGUUCGUUUGGGUUCCCCUUCCUUCGGUUCUCCUCCUUCUUUAAUAGCAUUCACGCGUUGAAGAGACGAGUACAAUCUAGACAAACAGCUUACUCCUGUCAAAAGCUUCGGACAGCUUAAUAAGGCAAAUAAGAAAGAAAGAAAAAGGAAAAAAAAACAGUUUCUUAGGAAACGCAAAUAAUUUAUUAUCCAGAUCUUUGGAUGAGUCCUUUUUAAAAAAAAAAAAAAAAAACAGAAAAAAGAAAGAUUUAUAAAUCUUUUUUGUGUGAGAGCAAGAGCAUUGUUAUGGUCAGAAUGGCAGAGAGAGAGAUUUAAGUGAACACUCUUUUGUAGUGGAAAUGUGUGAUCAAGUCAAGAAAAACUCGUUUACAUGUCCUGGGACCCCCGGGAAGCCCAUAGGGAUAAGUGCCUCUAGGCCCCUGUGGUUCAGGAAGGGCAAGCUAAGCGCGUCUCCAUGAUUUUCAUUGCAAAGGCCCCUUUCUGGUGCUUGCAGAGUGCUCCACAAGCAACCAUCCUGCAGAAGAACAGGUCUCUUUCUGGAACCGAGGCUGGAGGGAUGUUGCCAUGCAUUUCUUAUGGUUUUCUUUAAGGACCAACACAACUUGCCGCCACCAUUCCCAGCACUGUGCCAGAUGCUUUCCCAGUCGUCGUCAUCCUCCUCCUUCUCCUCCGUUGCUAGUUUUUGCUUUCACCCAGCCCAGGUCCCUGAAGAGGAGAGGAGAGGGCGGCUCUGCCAUCGUUGGCUGCUCCCUGCAAACCAGUGCUGCAGUUGCUCUGGGACCAAAACGAGCAGUGGAAAUGUUAGGCUGAAUAUCGGGGGGAGUGUAUUUGCAGUGCCUGAGGGUAGCUGAGGCCUUUUGGGCAAUUGGCGCAGGACCUGCCUAGAUGGAGUAACUCUGGAGAUGAGAAGAAGAGAUGAGACUUCCACUGGAUUAAACGAGUCUGUGGUUGAGGUUGGGGCUUGAAAGGGAUUCCUUCGACUCCGCAGUGAAUGAAGUGAAAACAUGGAAAAUUACAGUGCAGGGAGUGAAGGGGAGUCGCUUCCAGAUACAGGAGUGCUCCUGGAUCUGUAUUUUUAACGGGGAUACUGUUGUGACCUAGUGCAGGGGGAGCCUUUCAGAAUGGAUACGCCUUCAUGUGGGUAAACACAAACCAAAGAAUUCAGUCCUACACCCAUAUACUGAUUCACGGGCCAAAGUUUUCAAAAAAAGCAGGAGUUUGCAGUUCACACCCCAAACUGUGGUUUUGGGGGUCCACAAGUGAGCAGGUUUGGAGCUGUGCUGGCAUCAUGGCCUUGGAGAAGAGCCACGUCACGGAGCAAGGACCAGGCAUGCGGCGGUGUGUUUGCAAAGCCGCAUCCUCCUUGCGCUCACCCCCAGUUUUUGAGUCAGUAUUUCAGCGAGCAGCGGGGAUUCAGACCGUGAGCUCUCGUUGGCGGUGGACUGUUUCGAAUUAGCCAGGCUGGCUAUCAGCGUAGGUAUUGCGAAGAGGCAUCCCGCAGCUGGCUUCUGCGGAUGACCUCAUUGGGGCUCUUCUGGUUCUGUGAUCGGCUCGAGGAAAGGACACCCGGUAGACCAUCGUUGUGUGUGCCUCAGAAAUCGAGGUCAUUAAGUCUCAGCGCCUAGUCCAUUAAAAUGAUGGAUUUGUCCCGUGCAGCCUGACAUUUUAAACAGUCCAUUUCUCAGUGGGGCUGAAAGAAACACCAAUUGUAUCAUUAGUUUGCUUUUUUUAUUGGGUUUUCUCUUUGUCCUGGGCUGUCAGAGUCCUACCUCUGGUGCCUGUCGGUAAGGAAGGAUCUCCAAGUCACAAGCCGGGCUAAUCGUUUUAGCGCACGAGACAGCAUCAUAAGCAGUGAUAGGGUUUCUGUCUUCUCACUGCAGUUCCUCUUUUCUCCCUUUUUUCUGUAACUGACCUUUAUAGCAGCGGAAAAGUUGGGUGAUGAAUGGAAACCAAUCAAGGGGUAGUCAGUACGAAGGUUCAGCACAAAGAUACAGUGUCUCAGUGAAGGGUAAACACUUAGAUUAGCUGCAAACAGAAAUAUUUACUUGCUGAUUGUUGUAUCUUAGAAAUUUGUAUUUAAGGAGGAGGGGAAGGGAAGGAGCUGCAGAGCUCAGGAUUCGACUAGAUAACACAGCAAGACUGUGGAUCCUCCAUCCAUGGAAGUAUUAAAAGCAGGUUUUGACCAAGGUCUGUCAGCAGUGUCGUGGAGCAGGUCCUGCUUGGGGAUGCGGCGCUUGGCGCUGCAUCGGACGCUAAAGCCCUGGGUCGUACCCACGAGGUCCCCGUAGCCAGCCGUGCAGCGUGUUUGAGGAAGAUGCCAGCAUCUUUCCCGGGGCAGCCUCGGGGAAGCAAGAGCAAACUCAGGGAGCUGGCACGUGGCGCGAGAGGGCAUCGGCUUUGGAGAUGGAGAAGAAGCUGGUAGAAGCAAAUCAGUUGUGCUUUGUGUUGGUGUGCGUGUUUUCAGUAUUGCAGGUGUCACGCUCACUUUUAGCAGGUUGUCUUUGGCAACACGAGGGGGUCUGCGCUAAUUCGGCUCCCCCCUUGCCGAGUUCACAACGGCGGAUGUUCCCAAGCGUUGCUCCGUGCCUGGUUCGCUCCCUUCUCCCAUGAUUUACUAGGCGAGAACAUAGUUAGGAGUCCAGGCGUCUCCCGAGCGUGGAGACGGUUGCAGGCUCUACCGAAGUGUGCUUGGUGCCCACCUGUGGUGUUUCUUGUUGGCAAACCUUGAAAUCAGUGUGUGAAGGACUCGGAUUUGAUUAAUCUUGGCAACUCUGUGUACAGCGAUUUAACACAUAGCGUCACUCUCUUGUGUUUUGGGUUCUCCGGGUUUGUCUCCUGUUGGGUUUUAAGUCAUGUGGGAGAAAGGGGACUUUUUUUGUGUGUCUCUGUGUGUGUGUUGCUCAAACUUUUUAAAGUCUGGAAUUCCCAUGCAGAUUUGGCCAAAUACUUAGACCUUUGGGAAUGCAAAUGCCCAUUGCGUUUUAAACCACAGAUGGAUCAAAUCCUCAUAUGCAUGUCUGGGCAGCUUUAAAACAAAUCAAGCCAAAAUGGAGCUCCUUAAAGCAACUGGUGUGGCCAUGGGGGAUUUGGAAAGCUUGACAAAUACAACCUUUCUCCACCGAAAUACCUUUCACCACAGUGAAAAGCCACACAGCUCCUCUGGUGUUUCCCCACUCUGUUCUAUGAAUUUGUUUUUCACUGUAUUAUUUGUCUGGGCUGGAAGCCUGAGGUGGGAAGACUUCUGCCGGGCGAAUUCCUUUGCGAUGCAGGAAAGGUUUUGCCUAUCUUUUCGGUUACGUUUGAGCAUCUGAUUUCUGAAACCCUGCCUCUGAUCUGAGGGAAUAAAUUUGGAAAGUCAGGAAGGACGGAGCUGCCCAACCGCUGCUGGCGUGCUGCGGGGCUGCAGCAAGCGAUGCGCGGGGGCUCGCUUCCGGAGCGACGACACGCUCUUCUCCGGGGUCGCAGGGUAGGCUGCGUCUGAAUCUCUCUCGCUCUCAUUCUCGCCGUGUCUGCUUCGCGGGCCCCCGCGGCGGCGUGCCUGUCUGUCCGUCCGUCCAUCCGUCCGUCCGUCCCCCUCGGACAGCCGCGGGUGCCUCUGUGCGCUCCCCCCGCCGCGCGCGCUUGUCACCCCCCUCCUCUCGGCUCGCGGGACCCGAAGGUCCGCGGAGGUGCCAAUACGUGCGUGUGUGUUGUUCUCCGUGUCUCUCGGAUCAGGGAAACGGCGGCGGGAGCCGGGAAGGGCGGCACGGCGCCGGCCUCUCCCGCUGCCCCUGGGCACAUGUGUGUGUCCAUCCCACUCGGAUCCUGGCCAGGGUGCCCAGGAGCCACACGUACCUCCCGCGGCCACCCAUGUUCAUGUCUCCGUGUCUCGGGAAGGGGACGCGGCCCCCCGAGGCCACGGAGGCGACGAGGAGCUUUGCGAUGCAUAACAGGCAUCUUGUCACCUCCGGGAAGGCAAAGCCACCGUCGGUGUCUCGCUGACAGUGUCCGUCCUCUUGCUCUGCAGUCUGUUUCCAUAUUUAUAUGUCCGGGGGAUGGACCUGGGGGCAUCCUCUAAAAGCGCAUCUGUUUAUUCUGUAAACUAAAGAACUGUAAAUAAAGUUUAGCAUUCCUAUUGUAACAAAUUAAUUUUUAUGCAAUAAAUUAUAUUUCCUAGUCUAAUAAAAAAAAUUAAACAAAA